AUGGCGUUGACUAGCAGAGCACCAUGUAAUCUGCCGAGUAAUACAAAAAUUAACCCCAAGGAGCAAGCUAAGGCCAUUACAACUCGGAGUGGGGUGCAGCUACCUGAAAUACAUGUCAAGAGACCGAGUGUGAAAGGAGAGACAUCACUUCCUACAGAGGAAGAAACUAUGGAACAGGACGAACAACCAAAAGAAUCAACUCCAAAGGGAAGUUCAGACAAUUCACGAGAUAAAGCCACAGCUAUAGUCAACCCACACGAGCCUCCAACUCCAUUUCCCCAGCGGUUGAGGAAACAUAAAAUGGAGCAGCAGUACAAAAAAUUCCUAGAAGUCUUUAAAAAGCUCCACAUCAAUAUCCUGCUAGCCGAUGCACUAACCCGGAUGCCUAGCUAUGCAAAGUUUUUUAAGGACAUUCUAUCAAAUAAACGCAAGCUGGAAGACCACGAGAUAGUAAUGCUUACAAAAGAAUGUAGCGCCAGAAUUCAGAAAAAGCUCCCGUCAAAAUUGAAAGAUCUAGGGAGUUUUAUUGUUCCUUACACUAUUGGUGAAAAACAUGACUUGGAAGACGCUAAGGCGACUACCGUAACACUGCAGUUGGUUGAUAGGUCACUGACCUACCCAAGGGGAAUAAUAGAAGAUGUGCUUAUCAUGGUUGAAAAAUUCAUAUUCCUUGCAGAUUUCCUCAUCUUGGAUAUGGAGGAAAACAACGACAUUCUGUUGAUACUCGGCAAACCAUUUUUGGCAACAGAGAGAGCCUUAAUUGACGUUCAGAGGGGACAAUUAAUUUUGAGAUUGGAGGAGGAGCAUAUAUCAUUCAACGUCUUUAAGGAUAUGAAACUCCCUUCAGAAUCAGAUAGCUGUUUCCAAGUUAAUGUCAUUGAUAAGCCGAAAUUACAUCAAAUCAAUCAAAUCAACAACAGUGACAAGCUUGCAACUCGAGUCGUCGAAUUCUCUAAUGAUUGGUCAAUAAGGCCGGUGGUCAUGUACCAAUGUAUUGCCAAAGUAAUGAUGACCUGUAGGGAGCUGGAAUUCGAGGACUUGGAAUUGGCUAUUCCGGGCGGCGAUGACAUCACCUGUGGAGAGUGUCUCUGA